AUGUCUAGAUCAACACCAUCAACAAACCAGAUACAACAAUACAGAAACAGGCAGAAUAAACUUGGAAAGUUACUGAACAGCCAUGUAUCAAGACUUUGUAUCUCACCGGUACAGACGAUUAUGAUUUCGCUUAUAUUCAUUGGAAUUGUGUUUGUACUUCAUAUACUUGCGAAGUUUGUACCGGCAUCUUCACUGCCUCAGGUAGCGGUUGCAUUACUUAUUGUUUUGCUUUCUGUAGGAUUUUCGUUUUUGUCAAGUAAAUGA